AUGCAGCCCACCGGGAUCCUCAUCACUGCCAUGACCGUGGCUACGGCCCUCGCAGCCGGGGCCAGGUUCGACGAGCUGACCUACGGGGUGUGCCAGGCGAUAUGCACCAGACAGGCCCUGACCUGCUACGACGACGCGGGUGUCACGGUUGGCAGCAAGAAUGCAUACGGCUCGGCGGCCAAUGUCACGGCGUGCAACGUGACUCUGGACACUUGCGGACUCGUGUGUGCCAUGGUUGCGAGUGGCGGGUGUGAUUCAAGUGAGUGCUGCUAG